AUGACAUCCGUCCUGGGCAGCGGCAGGGCGUCGGGAGGGCCGAGCGGGCAGCUGAGAUGCAAGUCCAAGAGAAGGAGGAGGAGGAGAUCAAAGAGGAAAGAAAAACUAAGCAUACUGUCAACCUUCAUAGCACCCUUCAAGUACCUGAGUCCUGGCCCAACCACCAUGGAGGAUGAAGACAACUUAAGUACCAGCAGUGCAGAAGUAAAGGAAAAUCGAAACAUUGGCAAUCUGGAGGAUCAUCCAAUAGCAUCUACUGAUAGGUCAAGAGGGGGAACAACUAGCAGUAAGAGGAAAAGACCCUUAGAGGAAGGCAAUAAUGGCCAUUUCUGCAAACUUCAGCUUAUCUGGAAGAAAGUUUCAUGGUCAGUGACGCCAAAGAACGCCCUGGUUCAGCUACACGAACUCAAACCAGGAUUACAAUAUAAAAUGGUUUCCCAGACAGGUCCAGUGCAUGCUCCAGUCUUUGCUGUUGCUGUAGAAGUAAAUGGACUUACAUUUGAAGGCACGGGCCCCACAAAAAAGAAAGCAAAAAUGCGUGCCGCAGAAUUAGCUCUGAAGUCAUUUGUUCAGUUCCCCAACGCCUGCCAAGCCCACUUCGCCAUGGGAAACUGCAUCAGCCCAUCCACGGACUUCACUUCGGAUCAGGCAGACUUCCCAGACACUCUGUUCAAGGAGUUCGAACCAUCCACACACAGCGAGGACUUCUCUGUCUACAACCCCGUCAAUAACGAGCUGCUUUCCACCGCCUACCGACACGGGCGCUUACUCUGCCACACGCUGGACCUGAUGGGCCACGCCAAGCCAGGCAAGCACAGGGUGGCCAAGGCGGAGAGCGAGAAGAACCCGGUGGUGCUGCUCAAUGAGCUGCGCUCCGGCCUGCGCUACGUCUGCCUCUCGGAGACGGUGGAGAAGCAGCACAUCAAGAGCUUUGUGAUGGCCGUGCGAGUGGACGGGAGAACGUUUGAAGGCUCAGGACGUAGCAAGAAGUUGGCCAAGGGUCAAGCGGCGCAGGCGGCCCUGCAGGCCCUCUUUAACAUUCGUCUGCCCAGCCACAUUCCCAGCAGGAGUAAAUGUCACCAUUUGCCACAGGAUUUUGCUGACUCCGUAUACCAAAUGGUUGCACAGAAAUUCCAGGAGCUGACAGACAAUUUCACUUCCAUGCAUGCACGCCACAAAACUCUUGCAGGCAUUGUGAUGACCAAAGGUUUGGACAUCAGGCAAGCUCAGGUUAUUGUGCUGUCAUCGGGUACCAAAUGUAUAAAUGGGGAAUACAUAAAUGACCAAGGGCUUGCGGUCAACGACUGCCAUGCAGAAAUUGUGGCAAGAAGGGCAUUUGUUCACUUCCUCUACUCACAGCUGGAGCUACACUUAAGCAAACGGCGAGAAGACUGGGAGCGAUCAAUCUUCGUGCGAUUAAAAGAAGGAGGCUAUAGGCUGCGGGAGAACAUCCUGUUCCAUCUGUACGUGAGCACUUCCCCCUGCGGAGACGCGCGCCUCAACUCCCCCUACGAAAUCACAACCGACUUGAACAGCAGCAAGCACAUAGUGAGGAAGUACCGUGGGCACCUGCGGACAAAGAUUGAGUCUGGAGAAGGGACCAUUCCUGUGCGGUGUCACAACGCAGCGCAGACGUGGGACGGUGUCCUGCUGGGAGAGCAGCUCAUCACCAUGUCCUGCACAGACAAAAUUGCCAGAUGGAACAUCCUUGGGCUCCAAGGCGCUCUCCUCAGCUCCUUCAUCGAACCCAUGUACCUGCACAGCUUCAUUGUGGGAAGCCUCUACCACACUGGUCACCUUUCCCGGGUAAUGAGCCAUAGGAUAGAAGACAUUGGUCAGCUGCCAGCUUCGUACCGGCGCAAUCAGCUGCUUCUCAGUGGGGUGAGCCACGCUGACGCCCGGCAGCCGGGGAAGUCUCCCGGCUUCAGCGUGAACUGGAUCGUGGGGAGCACAGAGCUGGAGGUGAUCAACGCCACCACGGGGAAGAGGAGCUGCGGGAGCCCCUCACGGCUCUGCAAGCACAUGUUCUUCACCCGCUGGGCAAGGCUGCACGGCAAGCUGAGCACACGAGUACCAAGCCAUGGAGAGAUGCCAUCAGUGUACAGUGAGGCAAAGCUGGUGGCUCAGACGUACCAGUCUGUUAAGCAGCAGCUGUUUAAAGCAUUUCAGAAAGCUGGCCUGGGCACCUGGGUGAAGAAACCCCCAGAGCAAGAUCAGUUCCUACUAACUGUGUAAAUCACUCCACCCCUUUUCUACACGACUGGAUCAAACCAACUGGAGAGAAGGCGAGGCAGGACGUAUGAGCAGAGAAAAUUGAAGCAGUUUGAGAUUUAAUAGCAACCUCCAUGGGACUAUUUGCUUUUAAUCCUGUAUUGGAAAUGCAUAAGUAGAAAUGUGUCUGAUGCACUGAACUCAACUUCAGAAAACUGCUUUUUCAUGAUCCCUUCCCAAGAAUGUACCUGCCCAAAUUAUAAUGCCACCCCCACUAAGAUUCUGCUUUUUAUUGUUUAUUGCUGUUGGUUAUUACUGAUUUGAGGUGUUAGUGGGCCACCUGUCUGAUCCAAAAUAGACUCUUGUUUUCCCUCACACAAUCAGUGCAAAAGUCAUCACUGAAUAAUGGAAAAUAUUGAGCAGAGAUGGAAGUACAGCAUGACAACAGGUCUCAGAGCAUCCAUAAUCAUCCACCAAAAAAAGGUUCCUAACCUCUAUGCAAAAAUCAUUCU